AUGAAGCUGAGCGCCACCGACUCUCUGCAGAACCUGACGGGAAGAAACAUCUCCGACUACCUGGUCAAAACAUACGCUCAGAUCAUCGGCAAGAGUUUGAAGAACAAAGUUUGGGUGAAUGAAUUCAGGUACGGAGGCUUCUCAUUGGGCGCCCGGAGCACGCAGGUCCUUCCACCAGCCAACGAGGUCGACGACGCCAUCGAGCGAGUCCGAAAGAUCUUUGAGUUACAGAAGGGAGCUGCUGCAGAUCGAUUCCUCGACAGUUUGUCUGGUUUCAUCAACGGUUUGGACACGAAGAACAACGUCAAGAUCUGGUUCAACAACAAAGGCUGGCACAGCAUCGGCGCCUUCAUCAACGUGAUGAAUAACGGCAUCCUGAGAGCCAACCUGCCCGAAGGCAAAGACGCCAACAAGUACGGCAUCAGCGCCUUCAACCACCCGCUCAACCUGACCAAGGAGCAGCUGUCGCAGGUCGCGCUGGUCACAACCUCUGUGGACGUCCUGGUGUCCAUCUGCGUGAUCUUCGCCAUGUCCUUCGUCCCCGCCAGCUUCGUGGUCUUCCUCAUCCAGGAGCGCGUCAGUAAAGCCAAACACAUGCAGUUCAUAAGCGGCGUGCAGCCGCUGCUCUACUGGGUCGCCAACUUCAUCUGGGACAUGUGUAACUACGUUGUCCCAGCAACGCUGGUUGUCCUCAUCUUCAUCUGCUUCCAACAAAAAGCCUACGUGUCCUCCACCAACCUGCCGGUCCUCGCGCUGCUGCUGCUGCUCUACGGGUCAGAUACACACUACACACUCCUACACACUCCU